GCAUGCUCCCCCCGCGGGGCCACACCCGGCCCUGGCCCGGCGCCGUGGUGGCCAGCCUGCCCGCUCGGAGAAGCCCCCGCUCGGGGUGGCCUCCCCGCGCGCGCCGCCGCGAGGAGCUUCGGUGGGGGCGCCCUGCCGCCACGGGCACAGCGCUGCCCCUCCCUGUCGUGUCGGAGGAGGAAGAGGAGGAGGAAGAGGCGGGAGGGAGGGGAGGAGGGCGCGCGAGCGGCGACCCCAGAGCCGCAUGCCGAGGCUCGAAGCGCAGGGGGCCUCCACGGCGUCUCGGCGGCGUCGGCGGGGCACGCCGGGCCAGCGACGCCGCUGGCACCGCCCGCGGGGGCCAACUCGAUUUCAACUACCAUAACUCUACAUGAAGAUCGGAUCCCCGGACUGGCUCGGGGAGGCCCGCAGCGAGGCCACGCCGCCGGGCGCGGCCGCCUAGGUGAAGAGCCACGCGGGGCCGCCGUCCGCGAGCCAGAAGUUGUCGCAGCUGGACGGGGGCACGGCCCUGCCGCCCAAGUCGCCGCCCCUGCCGUUAACGGGCCCAUCAUACGGGCCGUUCCACAUGAUGACGCGGCACCCGCCCGCGGUGCCGAGCUUCAGGGUGAAGUUCAGGGCCCCCUUCUGCACGUCCGGCCACAGCGGGUCGCUCCGGGGGACCUUCGACGCGAAAGACGUCUGCCGCUCGCAGCCGGCGCCCUCGAGCACCGGAUUCACGUGCGUCUCUGGGUCGAAGCGGCGGCCCCAGGUCUCGUUGCAAUGCGCCCCGACGCCGCUGGCCGAGACCUCGAGCGCCCCGCCGCGGGCGUCGAUGUAGCGGCGCGACGCCUCGCACGUGUCGUCGGGCAAGAAGAGGUCCGUCAGCUGUCCCGUCCAGCUCUCGUCCGAACACUCGCUGGCCUGCGUAAAGCUCGCGCAGAGGUCGUGUUUCGCCCCGCAGCCGGGCUUGGACGCGGCGGCAGCUGAGAGCGCUGCGGCCAGGCCGAGCAAGGCCAGCAUCGGCAGGUCGAGCGCCUCGGCCCAGAAAUGUCGAGCACCGUAGCCCAGAUCCAGGCCCUAUCUCGAGCCGAGCUGCU